GCCUAGUCAGCCCUGGAACUGCGGACUACAGCUCCCAGGCUUUCCUAAGCCCCUACCACACAGGCUCAAAGCCACAAACCAGUAGGAGGUGGCUGUAUUGUAUCUAUUGUAUCCCUUGGCUGGUGCAUUUUUACAGUUCUCUGGACGUGAAAUUGAGAGUGAAAAGCAUGGCAGAUGAACAAGAAAUCAUGUGCAAAUUGGAAAGCAUUAAAGAGAUCAGAAAUUUCAGGAACAAGACUCUGCAGAUGGAAAAGAUUAAGGCCCGUUUGAAGGCUGAGUUUGAGGCACUGGAGUCAGAAGAGAGGCACCUGAAGGAAUACAAACAGGAGAUGGAUCUCCUGCUGCAGGAGAAGAUGGCACACGUGGAGGAACUCCGACUGAUCCAUGCUGAUAUCAAUGUGAUGGAAAACACCAUUAAACAGUCUGAAAAUGACUUAAACAAGUUGCUAGAGUCCACCCGGAGGCUUCAUGAUGAGUAUAAACCUCUGAAGGAGCAUGUGGAUGCCCUGCGCAUGACAUUGGGAUUGCAGAGGCUUCCUGACUUGUGUGAAGAGGAAGAGAAACUCUCCUUGGAUUACUUUGAGAAGCAGAAAGCGGAAUGGCAGACAGAGCCUCAAGAACCUCCCAUACCUGAAUCCCUCGCUGCUGCAGCUGCUGCUGCCCAACAGCUCCAAGUGGCCAGGAAGCAGGACACACGGCAGACAGCCACCUUCAGACAGCAGCCUCCGCCUAUGAAGGCCUGCUUGUCAUGUCAUCAACAGAUUCAUCGCAAUGCACCUAUAUGUCCUCUUUGCAAAGCCAAGAGUCGGUCACGGAACCCUAAAAAGCCAAAACGGAAGCAAGAUGAAUGAAGAGAAGGUGAAGGGCUAGACCGCUGUUGAUCAUAAACCCUCCCCUUGGCCAGAGUGAUAGAUGUCCUGAUUUUCUAAAAAAAAAUACCCCUUCCUUCUCCUCUUGAGUCUUCUAUUUAAUUUUCUGGAAGAAGAACACCUCUCUCUCUCUCUCUCUCUCUCUCUUUGCUCUUCUUUCUUUCUGCUCUUGGGAUAUCAGGUUCAAGAACAGCUGUGGUUUGGGUGCUAAUGACUGGGUCUCAUGACCCCUUCUCUCCCUCUCACAUCUCAACUACUGUGCUGGUUUGGAGGUGACUGAGGGGUAAAGGCCCUGAUGGACUCUUUCUCUUGCUCCCAAGGACUGGAGCCUAUUGGGCUGCAGGGUGUACGGACUGGAGGAGGUCCAUGUCUUACUUUAAGAAAAGGCCUCAAUGAUGUCCUUCCCUCUCUUUUUGCCUUAGGUUCUGAAAGGACAACUACUUUAUUUUUGCCGGACUUCCCAAUGGGCUGAAUCUGUGUAUUUCCCCAGUAUUUAGCUCACCAUUAGAGCUCAGGAGUAACUUAGACAGGUGUUCUUUCUUAUAGUAAUGUGUGAGGCUCUGUGUUAUGCCAUGGUUCCAUCCAAGCCUUCCAAGUAUACUCAAGUUUUUACAUACCAGACUGGGCAUCUGAAGAUCCCAAGAUCUGUAGGUCUUUUCCUCUAUACUUUUUUUUGUUCUUUGCAAAUCAGUAGGCAUUCGCUGCAGUGAAAUUAGGGAGUCAGACCCAUGCUACACGUCUCACCCUGUUCACUGCUGGAAAUAGGAGGUCUGGUGGCUAUGGUAUAGGAAUUGUCUUGGAUUGAGAAUCCAGGAGCUGACUUUAGCUUUGUAUUUUGUUUAAAAAAACAUCACUGUAGGGGCUGGAGAGAUGGCUCAGAGGUUAAGAACACUGGCUGUUCUUCCAGAGGUCCCGAGUUCAAUUCCCAGCAACCACAUAAUGGCUCAUAACCAUCUGUAAUGAGGUCUGGUGCCCUCUUCUGGCAUAGAGGUGUACAUGCAGAAGAAACAUUGUAUACAUAAUAAAAUAAAUCUUAAAAAAAAUCACUGUAAUACCUGCUCAAUUACCAUCACUGUAUCACUGGGAGGAUAAAAGUGAAUAUGGUAUUAUAUGAAUGCCAAUCAUUUUAUACAUGUAAGUGGGUAUGACUUUGUUUUCCAUUCUUCCCUCCCUUUGAGUCUGUCUUCUCUAAAGUAGCCUCGGUUCAGGAAGUUAUUGGUCAUUCUUUUCCUGUGGGUUGUGCAGGUGACCUUUCUCCCCCAACCAAGGGCACUAAGCUCUUCAAGCCCCACAGCUGACAUCUUUAUCAAAGCUAAGCCUCCUAGUCAUGUUACUCUUAGACCUAUGGAAUAAAGUCAGGGCUGACUGAUUAAAAAGAUAUAGCUCCAGGUCUGUAUCCCUGGCUGGGAGAAAAGGGAGAUAUUUAUCAAUUUUUGUUUCUUUUUUUUUAACUUUUGACUUUGAGUCACAAUAAUAUGUGUUCCAAACAUCAAAGAUGCCUCCGUCUUUUUAAAGUAAGUGGUAUGAUUUUAUAAAUCCUUUUAAAUAAACGUUCAUUUGUUGGAAUAAA